AUGACUUCCUUUGAUCCCACCCACGUCAAUCUGAAGACCGCCAGCAAGGAAGAUGUCCUGUGCUACUUGGAGAUUUCCAGCAACGACUACAAUGGCCACAUGGGUGCGCGUAUUUCAGCCAUUUUCGUGAUCCUCUUCGUCUCAUCGGCGUUCACUGUCUUCCCCGUCGUUUCGAAGCGCAUGCCGGGAUGGAAAAUUCCCCACAGCGUCUACAUCUUUGCUAGAUACUUCGGCACUGGUGUCAUCGUUGCCACGGCCUUUAUUCACCUGCUCGACCCCGCCUACAAGCGUAUCGGUCCGAAGACCUGCGUCGGCCAAUCUGGAUACUGGGCCGAAUACUCCUGGUGCGCGGCAAUCGUCUUAGCCUCAAUCAUGGUGAUAUUCCUCCUCGACCUCGCGGCAGAAGUCUACGUCGAACAGAAAUACGGAGUCCAGAAAGACGAGUCGGCGACCAACGUCUUCAUCUCCCACGAACAUCACCUCGACGUGAAGCCCGCUACCGACGCUGAAAGGAACGCGCAGACACAGACCGCCUCGCCAGCAACCGCAGAUAGUUGGGACUCGGCCGCGCUUUCGAAGCAAGACUCAGAAUUCGACGAGCGAUCAUUCCGCCAACAAAUCACCGCUUUCCUCCUCCUCGAAUUCGGCAUCAUAUUCCACUCCGUGAUCAUAGGGCUGAAUCUCGGAGUCACUGGCGCUGAAUUCGCCACGCUCUAUCCCGUCCUCGUUUUCCACCAGUCCUUCGAAGGUCUCGGUAUCGGCGCCCGCAUGUCCGCCAUCCCCUUUGGCAAACACACCUGGCUCCCGUGGAUUCUGUGCGCGGCGUACGGUCUCACAACUCCCAUCUCAAUCGCGAUCGGCCUUGGCGUGCGCACUACAUACUCCCCCGGCUCCAAGAUCUCCUUGAUCAUCCAGGGCGUUUUGAAUGCUGUGUCGGCGGGCAUUUUGAUUUACAGCGGAUUAGUCGAGUUGCUGGCGAGGGAUUUCCUGUUCGAUCCGUGCCGGACCAAGCGUCGCUCUCGUCUUUUGUUCAUGGUCUUCUGUACUCUUCUCGGAGCGGGGAUUAUGUCUUUGAUAGGCAAGUGGGCCUAA